AUGGGCAGCAGUGAAGGUGGUAGGAAAACUCUUGCUAAAUUGAAUUUCCAACUUUUGCUGAAGGCGUUGCAGAAUACUGCUGAAGAGUCGCUCGCAACUUUGGAUACAAAAGCUGUUACCAUUUUUGUGUUCUCUGAUGAAAGAUCGGUUGUAACGUCUCUGUAUAUAUAUACUGGUACUCCCCCACACGGGUACGGAAGCCAAGCACCUAAAGUUGCAGAAACUAUAUUGCGAUCAAUCGAGUACAACAGGAAACCAGAUCCCAAAAAUAGAAAAAUAAAGGUAGGAAAUAUAGAGAUUGAACGAUUUCAAUGGGAAAAGGGGGAUGGGAAAUUUCCUCACGACAAAAUACACGGGAAUUACAUAACUUCUGUAUUUAAAGAGAUGACUAUAAAUUUCGCUGUUUUGUAUUCACAACAAAUAAAGACAGUUGUAGAAAGGGUAAUGGAUCAAAUAAUGAGUCAAAUCUCUGACAUUCUAACACAAGGCAGGCAGACUUUUUGUCCUCUAAGGGAACAGAGUGUCACGGCAGCACAAGCUUAUGAAGCUGCUUUUGACUUCUUGAACACAAAUACUGGAAGAGACUGUUUUAGUUUGUUGGAUUGGAUACAAGUAACUGUUGAGUGUUUUGAGAAGGAAGAGAUUACUGUCAAAAGAAUGAAAAAAGUUACUUCUGAAUCAGAAGAAGUAGAUCCACUUACAACUUAA